AUGCUGGAUUAGUGGACUAUCAUACCCGAUAAUUCGCAAGAUAAAAAACUGGCACGAAUAACCAGAACUGAAUCCGGUUUCUGAUUGCACUAUAAGGUGUGAUACGCAUAAUGCGCAAGCCGGAAAACAGUUUCAGUAUUGGAAAUGCUAUUCGCAUAUGAACUCAAUUGCGAGAGUGAUAAAGUGAUUUCCAUUCGUAAUUUAGGAUCAAACUCCUUUUCAGGCACGACAUUCGAUAUUCAAAAUGUAUACAGGCACGACUGUCGCGUAAAAUUAACACAAUACAAAGCUACGAUAGAUAUUGUAUCUUGCGACAUUUAUCAUUAAAGUAAGAGUUGAAAAGAUCAUCACCCUUGACUCAGUUAACGGGGGGGAUUAGCAACCUUGUGUGAAGGAAAGCAUCAGAACAUCAAAUGUCGACCAACUAUAUUAAUACUAUCUUAUUUAUCAUGGUGACUACUUGUGCAGCUACACCAAUUCUCCUUUUAACUCCCGAAGAGACACUCGCCCAUCCAGCUGUCGCAAUUAAUUCUGCAAUGGAAGAUAAUUUGCCUAACGAAUUACGAAAUAAUUUCUAUAAAAACCCAAAUAUUGCUGCUGGUCUCGCUAAAGAAUCCUGGUUCGUCGAUAAGGAAAUGCAGGUAAUCGACCGAGACACAGACAAAAUCCCGAGAGAAAAGAUUUAUAGUAUGCUACAUUACGCUGGACUCGUUCGCAGAUAAUUUAUAUUUAUAUAUAAAAUAUGUUUAUAUCUUUUAUAUCUCUAUACAUA